CUAACGACCAUCCAAUUCAGGAGAAAACCCAGUAAAUAUAGAAAAACCUUCUUGUGAGAUUCGAACCCAGAACCUAUUGGUCUCCGUGAUUCCACGUGUCCUUGACGGCCGACUUCUCCGUCAACUUAUCCUUCCGUCACUCCGUUUUUCUCCGUCAACUGAUAGAUAUUUUUAGAAUUUUUAGAAUUGACUAAAUCAGAACUCGUAACCAAUCCAUUUUCAAAACGUUGUGUGAACUCAUCGUUGACUACUUGACUUAUUACAUUUCGUAAGAUACAAGCUACCGGAGAAAUGCGAAGCAGCCGUCAUAAACCACCGUGCGCCAGCCACCUGACUGCCUUCCUUCUAUGCUCCCUCCUCCUCUCAAUAACCGUAACCGACCGGCCAUUCAUCCUCGCCCUCUCUCAACACGAUCUCAACAACGGACCUAUCGAUGAUUCAUCUUCCAUCGCCGAUUGGGACGAACCGGACUCUAGGUCUUACGACGAGCUCAAUUCCGGAUCCUGGCGCCCUAUUUUCGAACCUGACGACUCCAAUUCCGAUUCAAUUAACGAGGAGUACUACUCGAGCGUGAGGAAAUUGGUGGAUUCCGUCAGCGAUGGUGGUAGAGCAAUGGAGGAUGUUGCUUCAGAUAUUGAAUCGAUUGCUGCAGCCGGUAACUCUGACAUGCAGUCGUUGUUAGGGUUUUUGUACAAUUUGGGGAUGGCUAGGCCGCGUAAUGGCGCCAAAGCUUUUAUGUACCAUCAGUUUGCCGCUGAAUCCGGUAAUAUUUAUUCAAAGUUGGCUCGUGCGUAUACAUAUUCUCGUAAAGAGUUAUACGAAAAAGCAGUCGUUUUGUAUGCUGAACUAGCUGAAACUGCUGUUGAUAGUUUAUUGAUAUUAAAAGACUGCCCAGUGAGUGAACCAGUCAGAAUUCAUAAUGGAGCAGAAGAGAACACAGAUGCUCUCCGAAGAUCCAGAGGGGAAGAUGAAGAUUUUCAGAACUUGGAAUAUCAGGCACAGAAAGGAAAUCCUGUAGCCAUGUAUAAAAUUGGUAUAUUUUAUUACUGUGGAUUAAGAGGGUUUAGGCGUGAUCAUGCCAAAGCAUUUUCAUGGUUUUCAAAAGCCGUGGAAAAGGGUGAACCUAUGUCAAUGGAGCUUCUUGGUGUGAUUUACGCGAGAGGUGAUGGAGUCAAGCGCAACUACACAACGGCUCUUGAAUGGCUAACCCUUGCAUCUAAACAUCAAGUAUAUUCGGCUUACAAUGGGAUCGGAUAUUUAUAUCUCAAGGGUUAUGGAGUAGAACACAAGAAUUACACUAAAGCAAGAGAAUACUUUGAGAAGGCUGCUGACUAUAACGAAGGUGGUGGCCAUUACAACCUGGGUGUAAUGUAUCUUAAAGGAUUUGGGGUGAAGCAAGAUGUGAAGAUAGCUUGCAAGUUUUUCAUAAGGGCUGGAAAUACUGGUCAAUCAAAAGCAUUUUACCAGUUGGCAAAAAUGUUCCACACCGGCAUAGGGCUUAAAAAGAAUCUCCCAACGGCAACAUCAUUGUACAAACUAGUUGCAGAAAGGGGACCAUGGAGUUCCUUGUCUAGAUGGGCAUUAGAAUCAUAUUUAAAGGGUGACAUUGGGAAGGCUUUCUUAUUGUACUCAAGAAUGGCAGAAUUAGGAUACGAGGUGACACAAAGUAAUGCCGCCUGGAUUCUUGAUAAAUAUGGUGAAUCAAGCAUGUGCAUGGGUAAAUUUGGGUUAUGCACAAGCGCAGAAAGGCGUCAGCGUGCACAUUCUUUAUGGUGGCAAGCUUCUAAGCAGGGUAAUGAAUAUGCUGCUUUGUUAAUUGGAGAUGGAUACUAUUAUGGCUGGGACGGCUUGAAGAAGAAUUACACUAAAAACGAACUUUGGUAACAAAGGUAUGCACGGGGCGUUGACCAACACCAUGGAAAUGCUAGUUCAACAUCACAAGGGAGUGACGUUUGCCAAUGCCAACUCAACACAGGUUCCAUUGCUAGAAUAUUUUAAACUCAUUUCAAACAUGGUUUCUAUGUAUAGUAACAUAUAUCUAAGUCUAUGAACUUACUUAGCUUAUGGUUAUAUAUCUUAGAGUUAAUUACAUAAAAGGGCCAUGUGGUUUGACCAAGUAACACCUUUUGGGUACUAAGUUCUAAAAGUUGCAAGUUUGAGA